UCACUUAAGGGCGACACUAUCAUCUUUGUCAGUGAACAAAAUGGCGUCUUACUGUUUGACUGUCACUAGGUUGCGGCUGGCCCUUGGAACCGGGGCAAGGCGUUUUCAUGUCUCCGCAGCAUUCAACGCCAAGGCCAAGGUGUCUAUGAGCCGCUUUGAGCCUGAUACCAGCAUUAACUAUGAGAAGAUGCACGAGAACAUCAACAUUGUGCGCAGCAGGCUCAGCAGGCCUCUCACACUGUCAGAGAAGAUUGUGUAUGGUCACCUGGAUGAUCCAGCAGGGCAGGACAUCGAGCGCGGCCGCACCUAUCUGCGCCUGCGUCCAGACCGCGUUGCUAUGCAGGAUGCUACAGCUCAGAUGGCAAUGCUUCAGUUCAUCAGCAGUGGUCUGCCCAAGGUGGCGGUCCCCUCCACUAUCCACUGUGAUCAUCUGAUUGAGGCUCAGAUCGGAGGGACGGAGGACCUACAGAGGGCUAAGGAAGUAAAUGAGGAGGUGUACAACUUUCUUGCAACUGCUGGUGCUAAAUAUGGAGUUGGCUUCUGGAAACCCGGAUCAGGGAUCAUCCAUCAGAUCAUCCUGGAGAAUUACGCCUAUCCUGGAGUGAUGCUGAUUGGUACAGACUCCCACACUCCCAAUGGCGGUGGCCUGGGGGCCAUCUGUAUUGGAGUGGGCGGAGCUGAUGCUGUGGAUGUCAUGGCUGGAAUCCCUUGGGAGCUCAAGUGUCCUAAUGUGAUUGGAGUGAAGCUGACAGGUACCUUGUCUGGCUGGACCUCUCCAAAGGAUGUCAUCCUGAAGGUGGCCGGCAUCCUGACUGUGAAGGGUGGCACUGGUGCCAUUGUGGAGUAUCAUGGGCCUGGAGUUGACUCCAUUUCCUGCACUGGGAUGGCCACUAUCUGUAACAUGGGUGCUGAGAUUGGAGCCACCACGUCGGUUUUCCCCUACAACCACCGCAUGAAGACCUACCUGGAGAAAACUGGCCGUGGAGAGAUUUCCUCUGUGGCUGAUCGGUUCAAAGAGGACUUGGUCCCAGAUAAUGGCUGUGAGUACGACCAGGUCGUAGAGAUUAACCUGAGCGAGUUGAAGCCUCACAUCAACGGGCCGUUCACCCCAGACCUGGCCCACCCUGUGUCUGAGAUCGGGGCUACGGCCAAGAAGAGCGGCUGGCCCCUGGAGGUAAAAGUUGGUCUAAUCGGCAGCUGCACCAACUCGAGCUAUGAGGACAUGGGCAGGGCGGCCUCUCUGGCCAAGCAGGCUCUGGAUAAAGGUCUGAAGUGCAAGUCCCAGUUCACAGUCACCCCUGGUUCUGAGCAGAUCCGGGCCACUAUUGAGAGAGAUGGAUAUACCAAGAUCCUGAGUGAUGUUGGAGGGGUCGUACUCGCCAAUGCUUGUGGCCCCUGCAUCGGACAGUGGGACAGGAAGGAUGUGAAAAAAGGAGAGAAGAAUACUAUUGUCACAUCCUACAACAGGAACUUCACUGCCAGGAAUGAUGCUAACCCAGCUACUCAUGCGUUUGUCACCUCUCCUGAGAUUGUCACUGCCAUGGCAAUUGCUGGGACACUCGACUUUAACCCAGAGACCGACUACCUGACGGCUGCUAAUGGAGAAAAGUUCAAGCUGGAACCCCCCACCGGUGACGAGCUCCCCUCCAGGGACUUUGACCCAGGCCAGGACACCUACCAGCACCCCCCGGCUGAGAGCAGCGCAGUAAAGGUGCAAGUGAGCCCGACCAGCAACCGUCUGCAGCUGCUGGAGCCCUUCGACAAGUGGCAUGGAAAAGACAUGGAGGACAUGAGGGUCCUCAUCAAGGUGAAGGGAAAGUGCACCACCGACCACAUCAGCGCUGCCGGGCCCUGGCUGAAAUUCCGCGGCCACCUGGACAACAUCUCCAACAAUAUGCUGAUUGGUGCAGUCAACACUGACAACGAUGCCGUCAACAAAGUCAAGAACCUGCUGACAGGAGAUUUCGGAGGUGUGCCUGAUGUGGCCCGCUAUUACAAGGCCAAUGGAGUAAACUGGGUGGUGGUUGGAGACGAGAACUAUGGAGAAGGGUCUAGUAGAGAGCACGCUGCCCUGGAGCCUCGGCACCUUGGAGGACGCGCCAUCAUUGUCAAGAGCUUUGCCAGAAUCCACGAGACUAACCUGAAGAAGCAGGGCCUGCUGCCUCUGACUUUUGCCGACCCCAGCGACUACGACAAAAUUCGCCCUGAUGACAAGAUUUCAAUCACUGGGCUGAAAUCCUUUGCUCCUGGCAAGCCCCUGACAGCAGUGAUCAAGCACAGCGAUGGCAGCCAGGUGUCCAUCUCUCUCAACCACACCUUCAACGAGACGCAGAUUGAAUGGUUCAAGGCUGGCUCUGCUCUCAACAGGAUGAAAGAGCUCCAGUAAUUGGUGGAGAGGAGGGAGGCGGGGCCUGUGGGGGCCAUCGAGGGGCCUUGGAAUGGGUUGAGAAAGGGAGAAAUGUUGACCUUUGCAAAGAGGAAGAGGCGAUGUGAACGGUAGAUGGUUACCAGACUUGUUGGUUGGACAGCUGUAGUCAUGCUCAGUAAAAACAAUACACAUACACACACACACACACACA